AUGCAUCUUCAAGAGCAACAUCGCGAGGAGUCAAGCUCAAUUACCCACAGUCCAUAUUAUGGUUGCACAGUUCAAGUUGUUUCAAAGGCACAUAUUUCUUAUGAAGGAGUUCUUGAUGGCAUAAGUGUAAAUAAAGAUCGAAUCUUUUUAAAGAAUGUUCGUGUUAAAGGCAAUAUAAUUGAUUCUUCGGAUCAAGACAACUCGACGGAAGAUCUUGACACAAUAAAUUCUGUUAUGAUUGAUCAUUUGACUAAUGAUAUGCGCAUAUAUGACGAAGUAUGUUUAAAUAUUCGAGACGUACAAGAACUAAAACUCAUUCGAUUACCAGCAACAUUUCAUGAGUCGAAAGCGAAAUUACGCUCCAUUGAUCCGUGUCUUGUUGAUAUACGUCUUUCGCCAUCCGAUGAACACGAUCGAAUGUCACAUGAAUCAGUGAAAGAUUAUUCUCAGUCGACUCCGAUAGCUCGUCGAACACGUGACGAAUCGAUUGGAAGUAGUGGAUUGCUGUCAUCCAGCUCAAGUGAAUCAUCGCCAACAAUAAGUUUUAUGCCUGGUGACUUAUUUAUUGAACAAAGUCUAGAUGAUUCGUUUAAUAAACAACUUCUAAAAUUCAGUAAACUUUCAACAACACAAGAUAUCUCGAAACCAGCGACAUUAGUCGCUAAGAAAGUUUUACCGAAAAAAAUUGAACGAAAUCAUUUUCGGCCAAUAUUAACACAAAAUAAUGAAACAAGGUUUUCAUCAGCAAAUGGUGCUGAUUCAAAUGUUGUGAAAAAACAAACUGCUGAUAAUUGUCGUAAAACAUCGCCGAUUCGUGUAACCAUUACAAGUAAAUUAAAUCCAAAUGCUACUCCAUUUUUUGCUCCACAACGACCAAGAAACAUUCAUCCAAAUUCAUCAUUUACGUUCUAUGAACGAAAUAUAUUUCGGCCGCCGUUACUGUAUAUGGUUCCAAUAAGCCAUACACAAUCAAUUCCCAGUGAAAUCCAUCCAGCGAAUCCUGCUGUUCAUCAUCAACAACAACAAAAUCAUCUUUGGUCUUAUCAACGAUUUGUUCCUCCACGACAAAUGGGAACAAUAAAACAAUUCAAUAUGCAAGCACCAACACCUAUUUAUCCAGCAUCCUAUUCGGAUAAGCGAUCUUAUCCUCAACAACAAUCUAAAAAUAAAACAUCAAACCAUGAAACAAUGCCAGGGCUAAGUCGUCAAACAUCGUCAUCAUCAUCGGUCGGAAGGGAUCCGAUAUUGUCCAAACCACCAAUACGAGAACGUUUGUCUGUACCAAUCAAUAGUCGGCCACGCGGAUCUCCCGUUGUUCUUUGUGCGACAAGUAGUUUACCAUAUCAAAAUGGAAAAACCGGAGAUCUUAAUCCGUUACAACCACCACUCACCUUCGGAGAACCAAUUGGUUCCCGUCGUGGUCCACGUACGGUUUCUGGCACGAGCAGUGGCAGUAGUUUGAGUAUUGAUAUUGGUCCGCAUUCAAUUGUUCAAUUCGAUUCGAUACCCGAUGCUUUAAUAUCCAAUGAGGGUCAAUAUGAUUUCGAAAAGGCCAACGAAGAAUUUUGUCGUUAUUUAGCAUUAGAAGAACUAGUUACACGACGUGUACCAUCAGUUUGUUCAACAGGAUCACGUCCAGAUAAUGAUUCAGGCCAACAACAAUCUCAAGCAAACUCAUAUAAGAAGGAAAUUUCAUUUUUCGAUCGUAUAUCAUGUACCGCGACGACAGGUACUGCUGUAGGAUAUGCUGAAAUGGGUGAAGUAGAAAAAAAUCUGGAAACAUUUGGUGACGAUGCGCUUCUCUUUGGUGCAGAUUCAAACGAUAACUAA